GCUCAGAGAGGGAAACAGGAACAGAAAGUGAAGACAUGUCUGGGUGAGGGGACCAGAAAAGAAAAGAGCAGAAGCCAAAACAGAGACAACAGGAGUUUGAGCGGCUCACUGGAUUAGACAAGAGAGGCCAGCUGACCUGCCUCUUCACAUGUGCCAGUGGGACGGACCCGUCAUUGAACCACCUCUGAUAAAUGAAACGGAAAGCAAAGGGGUGAGAGGACAAGAGAGAGACUCUUAUUCCAGUUAUUCCAAAAACUUGGCCCAAGUGAGGAUUUUGGCUUUUUCAUUCAGCAUCAAGAUCAUCCCAACUGGCCAAUUUCAAAGAAAAUCAUGUCAUAAAAAAAUUGGUCGUUGGCAUUGUAACCAGCAACGAGGGAGGCGUACAUGAAGUCACCCUGCGUGCUUCCAGUGUUUCCAUUUAACACAAACAACACAAGCCUCGUCAGACAGCGCCACAGACUCUGAUCUUUAGAAGAAGAAAUAAAGAAGUUCAACCUUGCGUCGCCAAAAAUAGCUGAAUUGACAGAUGAUGUGUAUCCUGCUGUGGAGUCGCCACAUUUUCUGAAUUACAAACUUACAAACCACCCUGUAAAGGAUUUACUUUAACUUUACAACCGCCAGACAUUUUCAAUUAAAAGGAGUCACCGCUCUAUAAAUCACAAAGCCAUGGAUGGGGGAACAGACAGCAUCCAGGAUUUUUUCCACCAACUUUGGAGCUUUGCAACAGAGAAACACAACCAGGGGGUGUAUAACACCGUCUGCCUUGUGCUCCUCUUAACUCUCCCCCUACUCGUCCUCCUCACUACUUUGCUGGUGUGCUGCCACUGCUGCUGCUGUCGCCAAGCCAACAGCUGCUGUUGCUGCAAAAACGCCAUGGCAACCACAAGGUCAGAAACGAAGAAGAGAAAGAGUUCUGCCGAAGAUUUGUGGAUCUCUGCCCCUGACAGGGUCGCCCUGGCCAUGGUGUAGGAAUCCCUUUUUUUACUUUGAGCUUUCUGAUCCUGGUCGGUGCAGUGGUGCAAUGAUGGAGCAUCACGGAAGUCUAAGACUCAAACAGGCCUGGACUCAAAGGACAUAAUGGGCACAGAUUGAGCUGACAUGUGGAUACAGUGUACAGAUUGUUGUUAUUGUGUAUUCAUAAUGCUGGAGAAUGUUUACAACAUUUUGUUUUUGCUUUUAAGUGUGUGGUACAUAAAGGAUAGACACAUGCAUAGGCACAGACAGACCUGCGAGUGUGUGUGUGUGUGUGAGAGAGAGAGAGAGAGAGAUUGUGUGAGUAGGUUAUAGACAAAGAGUGUGUAUGAGGGAGAAGAACAGUGUUAUUGAGAGGCCGUUUGUUCUUAGUGCUCCAAUGUGAAAUUCAUUGUGUCUGUACUUAGGAGAGAGAGACAAUUUAAGGUGGGCCAGGUGUUCAGAUGGCUGUAAUUCUGCCUGAUUCUGCCUGCAAUCUAGAAAAAGCUAAUGAUACUAAACAUGUUUUGAUUGACUGAUUUUUAGCAGCCUUCCUUAAAUCGCACGUAAUAUAAUGGAGUUUAAGCCAUAUCAGAGAAAGGUGUACUGGCUUUGAUUUUUUAAUUUCACAGGAUUCAGGUCCAACAAGCUUUAAAUGCACAUAGUGUAGUGUUCUUCAUAGUAAGACAUAGUGUAACAAGAAAAAAACUAAAGUCAAACAUAAUAUUGAAAUUAUUUUCUCAAUUUGAUUGGCAGAUAUUUAAUGCACGGAUCAACCAUAGACAACAGCCACAGUCAGUAAUGUUUCAGGGCUCUUACUAUGUAAAUCUGGGAUUAAACAUAAUACAAAAAUGCAUUAUUAACAUUACCAUUAAACAAUAGUGAAAGCAAAGAAAAUGUAUGCUUUUUCAGUGUGAUCCUAAACAUUUCCUAUUAUUUUAUCACUGUAUGUAAAAAAUAUGAUUUUUGAGUUGUAAAUUUCACAUGUUAAUUGUUGGUAGAAAUGAUUAGGAUUAAAGUAUAUAUAUAUAUAUAUAUAUAUAUAUAUAUAUAUAUAUAUAUAUA